AUCCUCCUCUGAAGCUCCUCUCCGGACGCACUCGAGCCGCCGGUUGUCGCAUCUCCUCCCUGCGCUGCGCUGCAUGGCAACGGCGGGAGGAGGAGGAGGAGGAGGAGGCGGCGGCUCGGGCUGAGGGAGGAACCUCGGUCCCACGUGUCCUCCUCACCGCCGCAGACCCAGCGCAUCUCUCCGCUCCUGCCUUCCCCUCCGGUUCCGCAGCUCCGCAGAUCCGCACCGCCGCAUCCAGACACCAGGACGCACCGGCGCAGCGUUGCGGAGCGAUGCGCCCGCCGUGCGCUCAGCUGUCCGGCUCUCCGCUGCCUCUCUGAUCGGCACCGGUAUUGAUCCGCUCCCGCCGCAGGCCUCCACGACUCGUUUUCCCAUCAAUCUGAUAUGCAAAUCCCGAUUAGCGGCUCGGAGCGGGAGGAGAUGAGAGGAGGCGCGUCGUCGGAUGUUUAGCAGAUUCGCUGCGGAUCGACCGUUUCUGCAUUUUUUUUUUCCCUCCGUCUUUUUUUGUUUCUUUCUUCUCGCCUCCCAUCCGUGACAUCCUGCGGCUUCUCGAUGCAGUAAUCCGGGGGAAUAUGUGAAGAUCAUGCAGGCGGUGUGGAGCUUCCUGGUCUUUGCUGCAGUGGGCGAGAGGCUCUCAGUGUCAGGUGUGGACAGGAGCCCGGUGCAGGAUGGAGGCAUGUGGGGCUGGUUCUCCCCGGCAGGAAGCCCGGACGGUGGGGAGAUCACGUAUCCGAAGCGGCUGGUGCAGCAGACCGAGUCCGAGCAGGAGAUGCCUCACGACUUGUUGGAUACCAGGGUGAAGAAGAACGGUACCGGGGGCACAAUGCCCGUCCAUUUGGCUCAGAGCUGCUUCCAGGUUGAAGCCUUCGGACAGACCUUCACUCUGGACCUGGAGCUCAACCACCACCUCCUGUCUUCAGAAUAUGUGGAACGGCACUUUAACCAGGACGGCAGACCUUUACAGUCUGUGGGAGGAGAACACUGCUACUACCAGGGCCGGCUGAGGGGAUUGAAACAGUCCUGGGCUGCCGUCUCCACCUGCCACGGCCUCUGUGGCAUGUUCUCCGACGGCUUCUUCUCUUACGGGAUCGAGCCGGUUCACAACGCGAGCAAUCAGGAUGAUGGUGCUCACUUAAUCCGCAGGAUGCCUGAUAUCAGACUUUCCCCCGACUGCCCAGACUGUACUGAAGAGAGCGUUUGGGGCAACGGAGGAGAUGACGAUGAUCAAUCGGACCAAAUAAAGGAGCAGCAGACAUCUGGAGGGCUGAGGAGAUCCAAGAGAUCUCCUAGAAAACCCCCCGUCCAGACCGAGACCAAAUAUAUCGAGCUGAUGGUCGUCAAUGACAACGACAUGUUUGUGCAGCUGCGCAGCUCAAGCAGCCAAACCAAGAACUUUGCCAAAGCUGUGGUCAACACUGCAGAUACGAUCUACCAGGAACAGCUGAACACCAGGAUCGUGCUGGUUGCCAUGGAGACGUGGAACUCUAAAAAUAUGAUGCCGGUGGUGGAGGACCCGCUGAUCACGCUGCAGAACUUCAUGAAGUACAGGAAGGACAACAUCCGGGAGCAGAGCGAUGUCGUCCAUCUUUUCUCAGGGCGAACGUUUCACAGCAGCCGCAGCGGGACGGCGUACACCGGAGGAGUUUGUUCUCCGACAAGAGGAGGAGGAAUUAAUGAGUACGGGAGCGUCGGUGCGAUGGCCAUCACUUUGUGCCAGAGUCUGGGCCAGAACAUCGGGAUGAGGUGGAACAACGCUCGAGCUUCUGCAGGAGACUGCAGGUGUCCAGAUGCCUGGGUCGGCUGCAUCAUGGAGGACACUGGGUUCUAUCUGCCCAGGAAGUUCUCCCGCUGCAGCGUGGACGAGUACAUCCAGUUCCUGCUGCAGGGAGGAGGGAGCUGCCUCUUCAACAAGCCCAACAAGCUGUUGGACCCUCCUGAAUGUGGGAAUGGCUUCGUGGAAGCAGGAGAAGAGUGCGACUGUGGAUCCCAGGUGGAGUGUGCACGUAGUGGAGGGAACUGCUGUAAAAAGUGCACGCUGACCCAUGAUGCCAUGUGCAGUAAUGGACUCUGCUGCAGUGGAUGCAAGUACGAGCUGAGAGGUGUGGUGUGUCGAGAUGCUGUGAAUGACUGUGAUAUCCCAGAAACCUGCACCGGAGACUCCAGCCAGUGCCCUCAUAAUGUCCACAAGCUGGAUGGCUAUAUGUGUGAUAGCAGCCAGGGUCGAUGUUACGGCGGGCGAUGCAGGACUCGUGAUGGACAGUGCAAAGGACUCUGGGGAUACAAUUCAGCAGAUAGGUUUUGUUAUGAGAAGCUGAACGCUGAGGGAACAGAAAAAGGAAACUGUGGUCCGGGUCCUGAAGGCCAAGGAUGGCUGCAGUGCAACAAGCCGGAUGUUCUGUGUGGAUUCCUGUUCUGUGCCAACGUGACGACGAAGCCAAAGUUUGGAGACCUGCAGGGCGAAGUGACGAGCUUCACCCUCUACCACCAGAACAAGUACCUGGACUGCAGAGGAGGCCACGCUCUGCUGGAGGACGGAUCAGACCUGGGCUACGUGGAGGACGGGACUCCCUGCGGUCCCAACAUGAUGUGUUUGGAGAGACGCUGCCUCCCAGUGGCGGCGUUCAACCUCAGCAUGUGCCCAGGAUCCAACUUCGGACGCAUUUGUUCUGACCACGGGACCUGCAGUAACGAGGUGAAGUGUAUCUGCGACAGGGACUACACCGGGAAGGACUGCAGCGUCUUCGAUCCGAUCCCGGAGCCGACGGUGCCGACGGGUCCGGAGAAGAAAGGAACAUUCGAAGAGGAAGAUCUGGUGGAGGAUAAGAUCUCUGUCUGUCUUUCUGUCCUUGUGUCUCGUCCACUUCCGUCUUCCUCCUCUCACUGUGUCGUUUCCACAUUGAAGAAGAGGGGAACAAAAAACAAAAAAAGUCUUCCACUACGAGUCCCACAGUCCCUCCGAAACCUCUUCUGUUGUGUUUCCCUCCUCCACUGCUCCCGUCGGCUCCGUUCGUCUUGUUGUUGGAGAACCUCUAAGAACCAAACCAGCCAGGACCAGAGGAUCCUGAUCUGGAGUUAGCGGGCGGUUCUUCCUCCAGUCAGGUGGUUCUACGAAUGUGCUUCGGUGUCUGUUUACGUCUCGGACAGUCUGAUAAAGAACAUAUCAACGGUGGACCAAUCUAACGUGAGACUUGUCUUUCCAAUGCCCGCCUGCACACUGACUGGAGAACACUGAUGAUAGACGCUGGAGGAACGAGAACUCAACACGGUGAAAUCAGAGUUUUUAGGAAAGGUCGACAAGAUUCAUCUCAACAGGAACAUCUGGUAACAUCCCAGCUAGCAGGGAACGUUCCCGAAACACGGUAGAACGUCACCUACAAGUUCUAAUCUGGUGUUAAAACAACAGAUAUUUCUCAUUUCCAACAAUGUUCCUGUGAGGUUAAAGGUUUUAGGUGAGAACCUUGGGGUGGAUGUUUCAGGAACGCCGAACAUUCUCACACAACAUUUGAAACGUGUUUUCCAGGUGAUUUUUUUUAUAGAACUUUCCUGUAACGGGAUAAAGGCCAAAUAUUUAGUCCUAAUGUUCUGAGGAUGUUUUGGGGAUGAUGUUAAGGGAACAUCGUAGAACUUUAGCAGUUAGCAUCAAACAUUGCCAAAGCAUUCACCUGCAAGAAAACACUUUAACAUUCAAAAACAUUUGAAAGAUAUUUAUCUUUUGAAAUAAUGUUCCUUUCGAACCAAGACUGGACAUUUUUGCUGCAGCGUUCAGAAAAUGUUUAAAGAACAUAAUGAUCUUACAGUGUUACCGCCAAACAUUUUAAAAAUGUCUUUAGAAAAGCUCUGUCCUGCCGUUAAGAAGAACGUUCUGGGAACAAAAAAAAAAGUUUUAACUCCGACUGAAAACAUCCUCAGAACUUUCUCAAAACAUUUUUAGAACAAAAAAAAAAACAACACAUCUUUGACCAACAUUACCUAUAAGUUCUAAUCUGGUGUUAAAACGACAAAUAUUUAUCAUUUCCAACAACGUUCCUGUAGGUUAAAAGUAGAAUGUCGUAGCUGAGAAUGGUUGAGGGAUGUUUUAGGAACGCAGAACAUUCUUAAACAACAUUUAAAAUACGUUUUCCAGAUUAUUUGUGUAAAACUUUUCCUGUAAAGUGAUAAAGAUCAAACAUUAAGUCUCAAUGUUCUGAGGAUUUUUGGGGUUGACGUCAGGAAACAUAACUGAACUUUCACAGUUAGCAUUGAAUGUUUCACAGCAUCUGAGAACAUCACCAGCAAAUUCUAAGAAAGCAUUUUAUUUAAUGUUCAAAGAACCUUUAAAGAUAUUUAUCUUCUGAAAUAAUGUUGCUCUGAGGUUAAACACUGAACUGAGACAGAACAUUUUUGCUGCAGUAUUCAGAAAAUGUUUAAAGAACAUAAUGAUCUUACAGUUUUAUCAUCAAACAUUCUUAAAAUGUCUCUCAAAAAGCUCUAUCCUGCCGUUAACAAGAACAUUCUGGGAACCAAAAAAAAAAAAAAAAAUCACACUGUAAACAUCCCCAGAACUUUCUCAGAACAUUUUUAGAAAAAAAAAAAGAUUUCUCACAGCUUUCACAUUCUCACUAAACAUUUGAAGAAUGUUUUUCGGGAACUUUAUCCUGCUUUUAAGUAGAACAUUCUAAACAACUUUCCACUGGCAGCAUCAGCAAACUGCAGAACUUUCAAAUGAUGCCAACAGAAGGACGUUCUGAAGUGCGAUGUACAGAAAAUGUCUUUAGAGAUCUUUAUUCUUUUUUCUUAGAAGAAAAUUCUCGAAAGUUAAAAACGGGAAAAAAAAAUUCCUUCUGAGCUGCCACAAUUUUCCAGAACUUUCUCAGAAUGGUUUUCGAACAAAAAAACGUUCCCGCAACUUUGGAUGUAUUAGAACAUUUUGUUGCAAUAUUUUGAGUAUGUUUUCUGGAUGUUGUUGAGGGAAGAUAUUAUAGAACAUCAGUCCAUGAAACAUUCUCACAGUGUUUGUGAUAACAAAUUAAAGACAUUGUCAGUGCAACAUUUAGAAAAUGUUUGAAUUACGGAAUGGUUCUACAGUGUUGUCGCCAAACAUUUUCAGAAUAUUUUUAGGGGACUUUAUCCCGUUUUUAAGUGGAACAUUCUAAACAACGUCUCAUUGACAACACUACCAAACUUUGCAGAACUUUCAAAUGAUACCAACAGAAGGGCGUUCUCAAGUGCGAUGUUCAGAGAAUGUCUUUAGAGAUCUUUAUUCUUUUUUCUUAGAACAACAUUCUAGGAACGAUUCCCACUGAGCUGCCACAACUUUGCAGAACUUUCUCAAUGUUUUUAGAACAACAAAAAUGUUCCCACAACUUUGGGUGUAUUAACAAGAGUAGAAGUCUUUUGAUGAUGUUUUAUGGACGUUGUUGAGAGAAAAUUAUGAUGCUACAUAAGACAUUCUCAAUGCAGCAUUUAGAAAACGUUUGAAGAACAUAAUGGUCCCAUAGUGUUGUCACCAAACAUUUCAAGAAUGUUUGUAGGGAACUUUAUCCUGCCUUUAAGUAGAACAUUCAAAAUACCUUCCUUUUGGAAACAUCACCAAAGCUCUACAGAACUUUCAUGCGAUAACACAGAAUGAACUAAGUGCAAAAAUGUUUGAAAAAUGUUUUUUUUUAUUGUCUUUAGAGAUCAUUCUGUGAGCUCAAAAACACUUUAAAAAAUCCCACUAAACUGCCACAACUUUGCAGAAAAUCUUCUUCUGUUUGGAACAAAAACAACCCUAGCUGGGAUGGAAAUAUCUGAAGGAUAAACGGGCUGUUGUUGGGAUGUUUUAUCCAAGAGAGAGACUGAGGAAGAACUUGUUUAAAGCUCUCUGUUCCUACCUGCCCUCCGUCCACCAACACUCCCCACACAGAACUUCAGGUACUAAACAACAAAGGGAAGCUCGGUGUUAUGGUUUUGGGAUCAUUUUAAAGAAAAAAAAAAAAUCUAUGAAGCAGCAGAGACCGAAACUUAGUGUUUUCAGCGACAGACCGACCAACAUACAUUCCACUAUCUGUGUCUGUUCACCACUUUCAGGCCCAAAGUUUCUUCGGAGGUUUACUCUGUUUGUGUGUGAAUGUACGAGUGAUUUUUAAAGACGAGGAAGAAUGCGUUUACAUUGGUGUUCGGGGCAAGUUGUGUCCACUUUAACACUCCUCCUAUCACAGGUAGAUAGGCGGGUUUUUACCUCUAGAAGAUCCUGUUUCUACGAGCUGCAGCAGCCAUGGCACCACGAAGGCAGCACAUCCAGUUUUUAAUGUCAUGUACCUACAGAAAAAAAAAACAAAAACAACGAGCACUAGCCAACUUGUAUGCACACCCGUUUGUAAAUACGUGCAAGAUUAUACUGAAUGUUAAAUGCAAAAUGUAUGAAGAUUUAUUUAAAAAAAAAGCUAUGUUAAAUAAUGAGUUUGUGCUGCAUCCGCGAACCUCCUCCCGUAGCCGUCCGUGCAUCUUUAAAAGCGGCUGAAGCUUGUCAUCAGACCCGUCAUUCUAGCUGUCACCGAAAUGUCAUGAAAUCUUUUUGUACAUUUGUCGAUAGCCCAGAAACUUUGUAACGACCCCUCCCCGGUCCUUGCUGUAAAUGAGAUUAAAGACGUGGUUUUUGGGGUUUCAGGAGGCAGCUUGUCCGAUACUGUGUGUGUGGAUGAGGUCAGUUUGAGCUUUGCACUAUGGCAGAUGCACUAUUGUUCUUACAAUAUGUACAGAGUUGGUAUCGAAUACAAUCGGAAAAGAUUAAAAACACACACACACACACACACACAAAAAAACUAUAAAUGAGAUGCAUCCCACCCCAUAUUUUUAGACACUAUCUUUUUGAAUUGAAACAAAAUAAAGGAAUGAACUAAAGCUUGGAGAAGGACUGACAUGGAGGGAAAAAUAAAAUACUAAAACAUGAAACUGCAA